AGAGGGAACACAAGCAGGGGGAGUGGGAGAGGGAGAAGCAGGCUUCCCACUGAGCAGGGAGCCUGACGCGGGGCUCGAUCCCAGGACCCUGGGAUCAUGACCUGAGCCAAAGGCAGAUGCUUAACGACUGAGCCACCCAGGCGCCCCCAGGCCUGAAUAUUACUAGAGGUUAACUAGGACAACUUUAUUGCCAUCACUUCUCCAGCAUCUUUUUCACCAGUUUACUUCCUGAGAGCUAGUGAAGAGAAAUAAUUAGCUUUUUUCCAAGUGUGUGGCAAAUGUAAAAGGACAAGACUGAACUAUGUAGUCUUAUUUUAAGAUUUAUUUGAGAGAGGGAGAUGAGGAACAGAGGGAGAGAAACUUCAAGCGGACUCCUGGCUGAGUGUGGAGCCGACACACAGCUAGAUACCCUUGAGCCCAAACUGCAGAGCUCUGUCUUAGGACGCAUGCAAUCAUGACCUGAGCCAAAACUGAGAGUUGGAGGCUUAACUGACUGAGCCAUCCAGGCACCCCUGCAAAUUAUGUAGUCUUGACAAGUAGUAUAAUAGGAUUUGCUUUUCUAUAGUUUUUUUUAAAAAGCCUUAAGAUACAAUUUACACAUAAAAUGCAUGUUUUAAAGUUUAAUUCUGUGGAACGCAUAGUUAUACAACCUUCACCACUAUCUACGAACUUUUUAAUUACUCCAAAUAGAAACCUGUAUUUAUGCCAUAGCCUCUUGUAAACUUUGAGGCAACUUAAGUCUUUUUUAAAAAUUUAUUUACAUUUAUUAAUUUCGUAUCUGAUAAAAUAAAUUAGCCAAUACCAACAUGACUGAAAAAUAAUGCUUAAAGAUUUAUUAAUGUAAUCUUUAAUGAAUUUUAGAUUUUUUAAAAAAAGAUUUUAUUUAUUUAUUAGGGAGCGAGUGAGAGAGAAACAGCAUGAGAGGGGAGAGGGUCAGAGGGGCCGAGCCAGGAGCCCGAUGUGGGACUCGAUCCCAGGACUCCGGGAUCAUGACCUGAGCCAAAGGCAGUCGCUUAACCAACUGAGCCACCCAGGCUCCCCAUGAAUUUUUUAGAUUUAAUCUUGUAAACCUUCCUCACUUUUUGGCACAAAAAGUGUUCCGGGAUCACCUUGUAUCUUCCUGCCCCAGGCAAAGAAUAGGCCAGCUCUGCAAGAAGCCCUGAUUCUUUUAUUUUUUUUAAGAUUUUAUUUAUUUAUUCAUGAGAGACAGAGAGAGAGAGAGAGGCAGAGGGAGAAGCAGGCUCCCAAGGAGCAGGGAGCCCGAUGUGGGACUUGAUCCCAGGACCCUGGGAUCAUGACCUGAGCCAAAGGCAGACGCUUAACCAUCUGAGCCACCUAGGCGCCCGAAGCCCUGAUUCUCUUAAAUGUAAUAUGAUCUCAUUUUAGUCUUAAUAACUUGGGAAGUGGAUUUAGUAUGCCUUAGUCCCAUUUUACACAAGUUGCCAGUUAGUGGGGGAAGCAAAUGGAAUGUUCAGAACAUAGUUAUCCUCAUAUAUAUAUCCAUACAUAUAUAUACCUGUAGAUGGAUCAACAUCUUUUCCACUAAAGCCCAUGUUGCCAAAGUAAAACUAUCAGGACUUCAAAGCCAUGCUUUCAGAAUUCUUCACUGUGUUUCUACUACACUUCGGCAGUUGUUGGAAUGUACAAAUCUUGGCCCUCCUGUAUUUAGAUUGCUGCAAUCAAGCAAAAUGAUUGUUAGCUUGGAUUGUAGCCACCCAGAGAGCCCACUCAGGCAGUGGAUUUCAAGGGCCUGCCCUGCACCUUGUGUAGAAACGAAUGAGGAGCCUUUUUCUUCACCUAAAUCAAGAGUUUGGUCACUACUAAGAUGACAUCUCCUUCUGCCACCAGAGGCCUGUUGGUCAUCCUGGCCAGCAGUGCUGACCUCUCAACUGAGUGGUAAAUGAGGUGCAAGUACCAGAGUUACUGUGGAAGUAAGCAUACAAGCAAGUGAUAGUAUAGGACCAACAGUGGCUGUUGCUCCUGUCUGCUAUAGGUAACCUAUUUCUUGGGGCUGAUAGUUUGUGGAAAGUGCCAUAAGAGAAAUAGGAGAGAUGUGAGGAGGUGGUGGUAAUUGACAUUGGUCAAGGAAAGCUAGAGGAAGUGUCGUUUAUGCCCAAGACUGAAAAUAAGGAAUCAACUUUGAGAAUGGUUGGAGAACUUUCUAGAAAUAGGGAACAGCAAAAAGUCCUGAGCCAAGUAAAAGCUGUUGAGAAGCUUGAGGGGAGUGAGGUGAGAGUGUCUUGAGAUGAAAUUGGAGGGCUAGAAUGAGGCCAAAUCAUGAAUGUCUUUCAGGUUGUGCUAAAAAUUAGUUACUUUCCUGAUGAAUCACUAAAUUCUACUUCUGAGAUUAAUAAAAAAAUUAAUUUUAAAAAAUCGGUUAAGUGUAAUGCAAAUCCAUGGUCGGGUUUUAAGCAGGGUGACUGCAUGGUGUGAACUACAUUAAAAACAAACCACAGACUUUGAAACAAAAUGGAAAAGGAUUCAAAUGCAAAUACUCAACAAAAGAUGACUGAGGAGGUUGUGCCCCCUUCUGUGGGUUAUAAACUCUUGGUAUAAACUAAAACCACCCUUAGAAAACUAGAUGUGGCCUUUCCUUUUCAUUACUACUUUAAUUCAGUCUUUAUUUUUUAAAGAUUUUAUUUAUUUAUUUAUGAGAGCGAGAACACAAGCAGGGGGAGCAGCAGGCAGAGGGAGAAGCAGGCUUCCUGCUGAGCAAGGAGCCCGAUGCGGGACUUGAUCCCAGGACCCUGAGAUCAUGACCUGAAUCGGAGGCAGAGGCUUAACCAACUGAGCCACCCAGGUGUCCCUAAUUCAAUCUUUAUUUCAGCACUCCAUCCUGAAGUUACAGAGCUCAAUAAUAAUGUUUUAAAUUCCUGCAAAUAAAUGUGUAGAUGGUAAGUACAUUGAAAAGUACGUUCCUCACACUCAGGUUGGUCAAUCCCAAGCCCACCCUUUACUUAAAUUCUUCAUCUUUGGGGCUCAGGUCCCUUCAGCAUGCCCUCAGAAAGAGCCAAGUCAUCUGGAAGCAAUUUGGAAGCUAUCUCCGCAGACGCCGUCUUAAGAUGGCAUCGCCCUAAGACUAGGAGGUGCUCUCAGGAGAGCUUUUUCCUACUAGAGCCUGGAGCCUGGCCCUCACCAGCCUAUAGUCAUGAGGGUUUCCAAAAAUUCAGCACUAAAAUCAGUCCCAGGCCUAGGCCGGCUGAGGGAAAUGAAACUAUACUCCCCAAAUCCCUCUUCUGCACACUCAUAAAGAUUGUCUAGAACUCGUCACAGGGUCACGGAGAACGCCACGGCACACACUCAGAAACGCCCCCCCCCCCACGAGAGGGCGUUAACUGCCUGCCAAUGCGCCUGCGCCUGGGCCAGCGGUGGGCGGAGCUUGCGUCCUGGCGAAAGAGUCGUGCGUGGGAGCGUUCUUGCGUUGGGGGCCCAGAGAGUAACUGUCGCAGGGCUUCGCACCUCAACUGCCGUUAGUGGUUUCCUUUUGGUGUAACUUUUUUUUUUUUUUUAAUCUUCCUUAAAGGCAGUGCGUUGCGUGUUCCGGCUGUCUGUACUAAAUUGCGCCAGAGCAUUUGUGCGUGUGUAGCACUGGGGUGGAAAUGAUGGCUUGAGGGCAGGGAGAACUAAAAAAGCCUAUUGGGGCCCCAGCCCCUAGGUAGACUGGUUCUUCUCUGCCUCUCCACACCCCUUUUUUCGCUUUCCCACCACACUCGGCUCCAACAUUCUGCAGACUCAAUAGGUUCUCAAAAUGUCAACUAUCAAGGAGAAGCUUAUUGAGAAUCUAAUUGAGGAAGAUAAAAUCUCCCAGAAUAAGAUCACCAUUGUUGGAACUGGUGCUGUAGGCAUGGCUUGUGCUAUUUGUAUCUUGUUGAAGGAUUUGGCGGAUGAACUUGCCCUCGUUGAUGUUGCAGUGGACAAACUGAAGGGAGAAACGAUGGAUCUUCAGCAUGGCAGUCUUUUCUUUAAUACUUCAAAGAUUACCUCUGGAAAAGAUUACAUAGUAUCUGCAAACUCCAAAUUAGUUAUUGUCACAGCAGGUGCACGCCAACAGGAGGGAGAAAGUCGCCUUGCCCUGGUCCAACGUAACGUAAACAUCAUGAAAUCAAUCAUUCCUACCAUAGUCCAACAUAGUCCUGACUGUAAGAUGCUUAUUGUUUCAAAUCCAGUGGAUAUUUUGACAUAUGUGGUCUGGAAGCUAAGUGGCUUACCUGCAACUCGUGUAAUUGGAAGUGGUUGCAAUCUAGACUCUGCCCGUUUCCGUUACCUAAUUGGAGAGAAAUUGGGUGUCCAUCCCACAAGCUGCCAUGGUUGGAUAAUUGGAGAACAUGGUGAUUCUAGUGUGCCUUUGUGGAGUGGGGUGAAUGUUGCUGGUGUUGCGCUGAAGACUCUAGACCCUAAAUUAGGAACUGAUUCAGACAAAGACCAGUGGAAAAAUAUCCAUAAACAAGUUGUUGAAAGUGCCUAUGAGAUUAUCAAGCUGAAAGGGUAUACCUCUUGGGCUAUUGGACUGUCUGUGACAGAUCUGGCAGGAUCAAUUUUAAAAAAUCUUAGGAGAGUGCAUCCAGUUUCUACUAUGGUUAAGGGCUUAUAUGGAAUAAAAGAAGAAAUCUUUCUCAGUAUCCCUUGUGUCUUGGGGCGAAAUGGUGUCUCAGAUGUUGUGAAAGUUAACUUGAAUUCGGAGGAGGAGGCCUUUUUUAAGAAGAGUGCAGACACACUCUGGAAUGUCCAAAAAGAGUUGAUAUUUUAAAGCCUCUUAAUGUUCCACUGUUUUAUAGAACAGAAGAUAUCAGACUGUAUAUUUUACAUUUUGAAAGUAUUUUAAUCU